AAAAUAGUCAGUGCUUGUUUACUGAGAGACGCGGUCAUAAAACUCAAAAUUAAAAUUGCCAAGACGCAAAAAUUUUUUUCCAUUUAAUUUUUUUUUCAAGAAUUCAAGCAAUUAACUUGUGGAAUUUUUAAUUAAAUAUUGCAAAACACAAUGAAUCACCAGAAAAGCGUAUUUUUCAUUUGUUUCAUCGUCAUUUGUGAUCUUUAUCAGAUUUACGCGUAUGGCGUUGACGAUAACGAAAUCGGGGAAUUUGAGACUCCCGUAACGAACAUUGGCGGUGUCAAAAUUUACGAAAAAGAGAGAUUGUGUGCGAUGAUCGGAGGCAGUUGCGUGGAAAAGGCGAAUUGUUAUCCGGGCGAACUGGCAUCCCACAAGGGUUUGUGUCCGAAGAACCGCUAUUUGGGUGUGGAGUGCUGCUACAAAGUCAAACUGCCGAAAAAAGUCCAAAAAUGCGAAGAUGACUUUUAUGGCGCUUGCAUGGAAAGAUGCCAUCCACUCUUGAAGCGACCUGCAACGGAUUGCGCCGAGGGAGAAACAUGUUGCGUUCUUGUCAAUUAGAAAAAAAAAUUGACAAAAAAAAAUUAUUAUUUAGAAUUAAAUUUUUUUUUAGAGUUAGAAUUUUAAUAUUUUUAAGUUUUUUUAAGAGGUUUCUAGAACCGCACGUGAAAUACAGAAGAAAAAAAAAUAUUUCAAAUUUUUCGUUGUUU